UCCACUCUACCCUUUUCAACGGUUUCAAGACUCUUUUAAGUCUCAACUUCUCUCUCUAUGACCCAUUUCUCUCUGACUGCGAAAUCCCAAUUACCUCCAUAGCUUCUCCGUUCUGCUCACGCAAACUCUCUCACUGUCUCGCUAUAAAUAUAACUAGACAAAGAAGAAGGACAACAACAAAAAUUAUGGAGUCCGAUUUGAUAGAAACAAUGGAGUCCAAAGCUAACGGUCCCAAAGAGGAAGAGAAUCGGAGUCGGGUUAUCGAUGGACCGACCAAUCCAAUGGUGACACCUCUUCUCACAGAUCUCUAUCAGUUCACUAUGGCCUAUGCUUACUGGAAAGGCGGCAAGCAGAACGAACGAGCCGUAUUUGAUUUAUAUUUUCGGAAGAACCCCUUUGGCGGUGAAUAUACAGUUUUUGCUGGUCUAGAAGAGUGCAUAAAGCUCAUUGCUAAUUUUAAUAUGACAGAGGAGGAGAUUGCUUUUAUCCAGGCGUCCUUGCCUAGCACAUGUGAGGAUGGCUUCUAUGAGUAUCUUAGAGGAAUUGAUUGUUCUGAUGUUGAAGUAUAUGCUGUUCCGGAGGGAUCUGUUGUUUUCCCAAAGGUACCCUUGCUGAGAGUUGAAGGGCCAAUAGCUGUCGUUCAACUGUUAGAAACUCCAUUUCUAACUCUUAUAAAUUAUGCAUCAUUAGUUGCUACUAAUGCAGCAAGGCAUCGUUUUGUUGCUGGAAAAUCAAAGCUUCUACUUGAGUUUGGGCUUCGACGCGCUCAGGGGCCUGAUGGUGGAAUUGGGGCAUCAAAAUAUUGCUAUAUUGGAGGAUUUGAUGCGACAAGCAAUGUUGCAGCUGGGAGGUUAUUUGGGAUACCACUCCGUGGGACACAUUCCCAUGCUUUUGUUAGCUCGUUCAUGAGCCCUGAUGAGAUCAUAGACAAGUCACUUCGGAGUUGUGAUGGUUCAAGUGCUUGCGAGGAUUUUGUUAGUCUGGUGCAAGCAUGGCUAAGCAAAAUAAAGUGGUCACAUGUAUCUCGUGGCAUUUUUUCUGAGACAAAUCAGAGCGAGUUAGCAGCUUUCACCUCAUAUGCCCUAGCGUUCCCUAGAAAUUUUCUAGCUCUUGUAGACACAUAUGAUGUCCUGAAGAGUGGAAUACCUAAUUUUUGUGCAGUUGCUCUGGCACUAAAUGAUUUGGGGUACAAAGCAGUAGGUAUUAGGUUAGACUCUGGUGACCUUGCAUAUUUGUCUUGUGAGGCACGGAAAUUCUUUUGCACUAUCGAAAAGGAACUCAGAGUGCCUGGUUUUGGGAAGCUGAAUAUUACUGCUAGUAAUGACCUUAAUGAGGAAACUUUAGAUGCUUUAAACAAACAGGGUCACGAGGUUGAUGCAUUUGGAAUUGGAACCUACUUGGUUACAUGCUAUGCUCAAGCCGCUUUAGGUUGUGUUUUCAAGCUUGUGGAAAUAAACAAUCAGCCUCGUAUCAAACUUUCUGAAGAUCUUUCAAAGGUCACUAUUCCAUGUAAAAAACGGUGUUACAGAUUGUUUGGGAAAGAAGGUUACCCCCUUGUAGACAUUAUGACGGGGGAAAAUGAACCGCCUCCUAAGGUAGGGGAAAGGAUUCUGUGUCGCCACCCAUUUAAUGAAUCCAAGAGAGCAUAUGUAGUGCCGCAGCAUGUUGAGGAGCUUCUAAGGUGUUUUUGGCCUGGCAGCCCUGAUAAAUUAAGAGACGAGUUACCACCACUUAAGGCGAUUAGAGAUCGUUGCAUCAGGCAGCUGGAACAAAUGCGGCCGGACCACAUGAGGAGACUUAACCCUACACCCUACAAAGUCAGUGUAAGCGCGAAGUUGUACGACUUCAUUCACUUCCUAUGGCUCAAUGAGGCACCUGUGGGGGAGUUGCUGUGAAGAUGGAUGAACAAGAUGUGCUGCAAAUGUGAUAUGAAAUGGAAUGCAAGUAGUGAUUCCAAUGAAAUUGGAGGAAUUUCAAACAGUAUGAAUUUAAAUGUUGAAUUAGCUAUGUAACUAUGGGGUUGAUAACUUUGAUCUUUCUCUUAUUGCUUAAUGAAAGAAAGAUAUGUUUGCUUCA